AUGAAUCGUAAUCUUCAACAGGCGAUGGCGCGCUCUGCGCGUGUCGUGGGCCUGGGAUUCGCCAUUUCCACUGGGCUAUUUGCUGCGCUCUAUGCUAUUCAGUACCGGAACCGCACGUCCAUGCCGUUCGAAAGCCCUAGAGAGUGGACAAUGUUGACAAAACUCUAUGUUCACCAAGCUCUUGAUCAGCAUACGCCGGAGAAGGAAGCUCAAUUCUGGGAAAAGGCGAUCAAUUCGUUGAUCAAACAGAACGACAGUAACCAGCUCCAAUCCAAAUCUGUGGAAUGGCUCGCUGGGUAUGCGGAUCUGCUGCGACUAUUUGGGUUAGCUCAAGCCAAAUCCGGAGAAGACCCUACUGAGGCCCUGUUGGCGAGUAAAUCUAUCCCGUACGGCUCGGCAAAAUUGAUAGAGAAGGUAGAUCUCGAGCUUUUCGAGCGGACAGGCCAAAAGGAAUACCUUUUAGAUGCGCUGCGCACCGAGCAGAAGAAUGGCAAUCUAAACAGCCUCGAUGAAGUGCGAAUUCCCGAGAAGCUGCACCCGGACAACGCAAAAGCAUACCUUGAUCUUGCUCGGACCUAUUACAGGGCUGACAACACUACCAAGGCCCUAAAUAUCUACCUUGGACUUCACAAGGCCCUCCAGGAAUCUCAAAGUGAAGACGUUCUUUGUGUGCGUCCUGGAGCUGCCGGGAUGGCGGGCCAAAUGCUGUGGAAGCUGGGCUACAAACAGGAUGCUACUCGGUGGCUGGAAAUGGCUGAUCGAGAUGCUGCCCAGUCUCAAACCGGAGCCUGCAGGCGGUGUCGCGAGCUAGCCGCUGAUUUAUUACGAAGAGCUCGAGAGCAAAGCUAA